GCCAAAGAUGUCGGCUCGGUCAUGUGAUCAGCUGUGUCCAAUCACAGCUGAUCGCAUGUAAAUCGGGAAAUGCCGAGGGGACAUGUACACUGAUGAUCACUGUAGCCCCAGCAGUGCCACCUGUCAGUGUCCAUCAGUGCCUCAUCAAUACCACAUAUCAGUGCCCAUCUGCGCUGCCUUUCAGUGCCACCUAUCAAUGGCAGUCAGUGCUACCUAUCAGUGCUGCCUAUCAGUGCCAUAUACUGUAUGAGUGCUGCCUUUCAGUGCCCAUCAGUGAUGCCUGUCAAUGCCCAUCAGUGCCACCUACCAGUGCCUCCUCAUCAGUGCCCAUUAGUGCCACCUAUCAG